AUGUUCCGUGUGUCCUGUAGCAGCUUUGAAAGCCUCAUUUCUAGUUAUACUGCGGUUUUUCUUUGCCCUGGACUGCUGAAAGGAGUAUACCAGAGCGAACACUUAUUUGAAUCUGACCACCAGUCUGGUGCCUGGUGCAAGGACCCUCUGCAGGCGUCCGACAAGAUCUACUAUAUGCCCUGGACACCAUACCGGACGGACACACUGACGGAGUACUCCUCCAAGGACGACUUCAUCGCUGGGAGGCCAACCACCACCUACAAACUCCCCCACCGGGUGGACGGCACGGGAUUCGUGGUGUACGACGGGGCUUUGUUCUUCAACAAGGAGCGCACUAGGAACAUCGUCAAGUUUGACUUGCGGACAAGGAUAAAGAGCGGGGAGGCUAUCAUAGCUAAUGCAAAUUACCAUGACACCUCUCCCUACCGCUGGGGAGGCAAGUCUGAUAUAGACCUGGCCGUGGAUGAGAACGGGCUCUGGGUAAUCUAUGCAACAGAACAAAAUAAUGGCAAAAUAGUCAUUAGCCAGUUAAACCCUUACACGUUAAGGAUUGAAGGGACGUGGGAUACUGCCUAUGACAAGAGGUCGGCUUCUAACGCCUUCAUGAUCUGUGGGAUUUUAUACGUGGUGAAGUCUGUGUAUGAAGAUGAUGAUAAUGAAGCCACAGGGAAUAAAAUAGACUACAUCUAUAACACUGACCAAAGCAAGGAUAGCAUGGUGGAUGUGCCCUUUCCAAACUCUUACCAGUACAUCGCUGCUGUGGAUUAUAAUCCCCGGGACAACCUCCUUUAUGUAUGGAACAACUAUCACGUCGUGAAGUAUUCCUUGGAUUUUGGCCCGCUGGACAGCAGAGCAG